AUGUUAGCCAUUGGAGACGUUAUUUUAAGAGCCUUCAAUUUUGUUUUUUUAACAGUUGCAUUGGGUUUAACAGGUUCAUUAGCUGCUACCACCGUUUAUCAACAUAAUCCACAAAUCAAUUUCGGUGUCUUCGCCGCUGCUUUUGGAAUAUUAACCUCAUCAUUUUAUGGAAUAUUCGCCUAUUUCAUAAGUGCCUUUGCAUGGCCUGUAAUUUUGGCGGUAUUUGAUUUUUUGAAUUUUGUAUUUACCUUUGCUGCUGCAACUGCUAUUGCUGCUGGUAUUAGAUGUCAUUCAUGUAAUAAUCAAGAUUAUUUGGAUUCAAACAAUAUUGUUCAAGGUUCAACUGGUAGAUGUAGAAAAUCACAAGCUUCUGUUGCUUUCUUAUAUUUUUCAACUUUCAUUUUCAUUGCUAGUUUAGUAUUUUCAGUUAUUUCAUUAUUUAAAGGUGGUUUAUUCGGUCAUUCAAGAUCUGCUCCAAGAACUGGUGUUCCAACUAUGUCACGAGUUUAA